AUGGAGAACCAGCCCAGAGACUACGCGUGCUUCCUGCCGCCCCGACUGGAUGCGCUGGUGGAUGCCUGGCUUGACGAGGAUAUCCCAUCCACCGACUACGGCGGCUUCGUGGUGGGCUCGCGGCCGGCGGUGGCGCACCUGCUGGUCAAGUCAGCGGGCGUGCUGGCGGGCGUGCCAUUUGCUGACGCCGUACUGGCGCGGCUGGGGUGCUCGGCCGAGUGGGCGUACGCCGAUGGCGCCAUGUUUGAUGGUGAGGGCAAGGUGGUGGUCGCGGUUGUCACCGGGCCGACCCAUCGGGUGCUGCAGGCCGAGCGGACGGUGCUCAACGUGCUGGCGCGGUGCUCCGGCAUCGCCACUGCGGCGCGGGCUUUUGCCGACAAGGCCGCCGCUGCCGGCUUUGGCGGCACCGUCGCCGGGACUCGCAAGACCACGCCGGGCUUCCGCGAUGUCGAAAAGUACGGCAUGCUCGUCGGCGGCGUUGACACCCACCGGACUGAUCUCUCGUCGAUGGUCAUGCUCAAGGACAACCACAUCUGGGCUACCGGCUCCAUCACCGCCGCCGUCGAGACCUGCCGCAGCGUGGCUGGCUUCUCAGUCAAGAUCGAAGUCGAGACCUCGAGCUACGACGACGCUGCCGAGGCCAUCAACGCCGGCGCAGACGUCAUCAUGCUCGAUAACUUUGAGCCGACAGAGCUCAAGGCUGUCGCUGCAAGACUCAAGGCCGACUUUGCCGGCUCGGCCCAAAAGUUCCUCCUUGAGGCCUCGGGCGGCGUCCGCCUCGACACCGUGGACGGCUAUUUUUGCGACGCCAUCGACAUCAUCUCCACCUCGUCGCUGCACCAGGGCGUCGGCGUUGUCGACUUUUCGCUCAAGAUCCAGCCGGGCGCUGCCGAGCAGGAGUAG